UCCUAAUCAACACUCUCAUGGAAACCGUCUCCCGAAUAAGAAGAUAGGAGUUGGAUAGACUAUCGAGAGGACCGCUCCUCUUCCACUAGAUUUGGAUAUCGAAAAGUUUGCAGUGCGGUCUUACCUCGGACCCCAUUCUCAUUCGCUCAGAAUGUUGAAUGAAGCUUCAAAACAUGAAUCAGGAGUACAGUGAUGCCUCUUAAGUUUGAAAACUUUGAAGUUUGAUGUUUAGGAGCCAUGCAGCGAGUUGAGAACCAGCAGAGUGAGAUUCUAGGGUUCUUAAAAAGCAAAGGAUUUGACGAUAAAAAGAUAGAAAGAAUGUUCAAGAGAUGCAAAUUCCUUGAGAGUGUGGAAAGAGAAAGAGCCAAUGAGGUGUGGGAUUAUUUGACAACCAUUGGGAUUCAAGAAAGGAAGAUGCUUCAUUUCAUUUCUAAUUGCCCAAAGGUUCUCACGCUGAAAUUAAAUGAGAAGCUUGUGCCCGUUGUUCGAUGCCUCUCAACCCUAGGAACAAAAUCUGGUGAUGUUGCGAUGGCCAUCACUAAAUUCCCUCCCAUCCUCUUUCACAGUGUCGAAGAGAAGCUAUGCCCGCUCUUGGCCUUAUUCCAAGCAAUUGGUAUUCCGGAAAAGCAAAUGGGUAAGCUGCUUUUGUGUAAUCCAAGGCUUAUCAGUUACAGCAUUGAAAAGAAGUAUGCUGAUAUGAUUGGUUUUCUUGCAAGCAUGGGAAUCAAAAGAGAAGGUGCUAUAGGUAAAAUUCUGGUGAAGAAUUCAUGGAUCAUGGGAUAUAGUGUGGAGAGGCGGCUUCAGCCAACUGCAGAUUUCUUGAAAUCAAUUGGUCUUAACAAGCAAGACAUUCAAGGAGUGGCAGUCAGCUUUCCCGAAGUUUUGUGUAGAGAUGUGGAGAGAAUUUUGAAGCCCAAUUUAGAGUUCUUAAAACACAGCGGGUUCAAUAAUGAGCAGAUUAGGUUGUUGGUCGCUGGGUAUCCUCCAAUUUUGAUCAAGAGUAUCAGGAAUUCCUUGCAGCCAAGAAUCAAAUUUCUGGUAGAAGAAAUGGGGAGAGAGAUUGGUGAAGUCGCAGAUUAUCCUGAGUUCUUUCGGCAUGGUCUGAAGAAGAGCCUUGAAAUUAGACAGAGAUUACUCAAGCUGAAGAGAACAGAAUGUAGUUUGUCUGAGAUGUUAGAAUGCAGACAUAAGAAGUUUCUUGUCAAAUUUGGAUUUGUCGAUGGGUUGUCCUAAAUCUCUUUCAAUUUACAAGUCAGUUUUUCUUUUUCUUCUCCAAGGCUUUCUGCGCUUAGAGAUUUCUUGUUAUGUAACAACAUUAUUUGAGGCCCAGGCUAUAGUUUAUUUAUCUAAGGAAAUUAC